AUGCAUUCGGAAGAAUCAUUAUUAAACGGUGGGUUUGAAACCUAUAGCUCCAUAGAUGCAAUAGACGACAGCAAAACACACACAUACCUUAGUGAGCUAAACCAUUUACUUCGGGGAUCUGCACCUCUUGCGGUCACAUUUGUCCUACAGUACUUCACUUCAUUAACAUCGACUAUUUCGGCAGGAAAACUUGGUGCUGCGGAAUUGGCUGCAUGCUCCUUAGCUGUUUCCACCUUUAAUGUCACUGGGUUGGCCGUAUUUCAGGGCAUAGUAACAAGUUUGGACACACUCUGUUCUCAAUCCUAUGGGUCGGGCAAUAUUCAUGGAGUAGGUUUGUAUUUUCAAAGAUGCACUUUAAUCAUGUUUUCGGUGAUGAUUCCGUUAACUGUCUUUUGGUGCAAUUCGGGAUUUGUGUUGGGAUAUUUCAUUGACGACCCGAGUUUGGUGAGCAUGUCACAGACAUUUCUCAGAUGGCAUACCAUUGGCAUCCCUGGGCUAAUCUUUUUCGAAUCCGGAAAACGUUUCUUGCAAGCCCAGCACAUAUUUCACGCUGGUACAUAUGUUUUGGCUUUAGCGGUGCCAUUGAACCUCCUACUAAACUGGAUCCUUGUUUGGAACAAAGGUACGAGCGUAGGCUUUGUUGGUAUACCCAUUGCUAUCGCCAUAACAUAUUGGAGCAUUUCUUUGUUGAUCCUUGCGUAUGUCGUUUUCAUUGAUGGUAUGAAAUGCUGGGGCGGGCUCAGCAAACAAGCUUUAGUCAACUGGCUGGCCAUGCUCAGACUAGCAGUUCCAGGGGUUGUCAUGGUAAUUGCUGAAUUUGUUGCAUUCGAGAUUUCCAUUUUUUUGGCAGCAAAGUUUGGUACCGAGGCCAUUGCCGCGCAGUCAAUUGCUUCCAACUUGGCAGCUUUCUUAUUCCAGAUACCGUUUGCCUACUCCGUCGUUAUAAGCACAAGAAUAGGACACUACAUUGGAAUGGGUAACAUCGCAGGAGCCAAGCUUGACUGUCAAAUAUUCUUCACUUCUGCGCCAUUUGUUGGAGUUGCCAACUUUUGCAUUUUCUAUUUUGGAAGAUUUGCUUUGGCUAAGCUUUUUACUACUGAUGAACAAAUCUUGCGAAUUGCCGCUGGAUUAAAUGUUUUAGCAGGUAUUAAUCAAUUGGCAGAUGCUUUCAAUGUGUUGGGUACUGGCGUUUUGAGGGGUCAAGGACGGCAGACAAUAGGAUCCAUACUAAAUUCAAUAGCGUUCUACUUGAUCGCAAUUCCUUUGGGAUAUGUCUUGGCUUUUGACUUGCACUUUGGAUUGAGUGGACUUUGGUAUGGGUUGAUUUUGGGUGUUGUAUUUCUAGCUGCAGGACAGUGUGUUGCAAUCUAUGUAAGCGAUUGGAGCUCGAUAGUUGUUGUGUCGCAAAAGAUGCACGAUGGAGCUUAA